UUUUUUUUUUUUUCUCUCCAUGCAGGGAUUCCUCUUGCUCUGACAUUGGCAUUAUAAGCUACCCGGACGUUCCAGAAAACCCAAAUUCCAAACUCCUAUUCCUUCCGUUCGUUUCCUUUCUCAUCGUGGGUGUGAAAUCCAACGGUCCAAAUGGCUCGAGACGGAUACGACGUCCCAGCCGACCCUCAGGCCUCUCUAAAGAAUAAAACGGCCGUGUCGAGGAGCUGGAUACUGCUACAUUGCACCGGUGAGGACACGAUCCUGGACAUCGACAAGUACGCUAUCAUGAGCCGGAUUCAGAUUCACGCUCGCGAUCUUCGGAUCCUCGACCCGCUUCUAUCCUAUCCGUCGACGAUUUUGGGCCGAGAGCAGGCCAUUGUUCUAAAUCUCGAGCAUAUCAAGGCCAUAAUCACUGCAGAAGAGGUGUUGCUUCAAGAUCCCAUGGAUGAUAAUGUUAUUCCCAUUGUCAAGGAGCUUCGUAGGCGUUUGACACCUGCAAAUAUCAUUCACCAGGCAGAGGGAGAUGGGAAGGAACACCCAAGCCUGCAAAAUGAUGCUGAAGCUGGCGAAGAAGAUGAAUCUCCAUUUGAAUUCCGGGCCCUGGAGGUAGCCUUACAAGCCAUUUGCAGUUUUCUUGAUGCAAGUACCACGGAACUGGAGACUGCUGCUUACCCAGCUUUAGAUGAUCUGACCUCCAAGAUUAGCAGUCACAACUUGGAUCGAGUGCGCAAGUUGAAGACUGCAAUGACAAGGUUGACUACUCGAGUUGAAAAUGUAAGGGAUGAGCUUGAACAACUUCUGGAUGAUGAUGAUGAUAUGGCAGACCUUUACUUGUCAAGAAAAUUGGCUGGCCCAUCAUCAACUGUUAGUGGCUCUGAUGUACCUGAUAAAUUCUCUGGCUCUCCAACCAUAGGCUCAAAGAUAGCUAGAGGAAGCAGGCCAAGUGUAGCAACGAUUCACGGGAAUAACGUCGAGAAACUUGAGAUGUUACUAGAGGCAUACUUCAUGCAAAUCGAUGGCACGCUGAACAAACUGACCACGCUACGUGAAUAUAUUGACGACACAGAGGAUUACAUUAAUAUUCAGAUUGACAAUCAUCGAAAUCAACUGAUUCAGCUAGAUGUCUUCCUUGUCACUGUUACUCUUAGUGUCAUUAUUUGUUCAUUGGUUGCCGGGAUCUUCGGCGUGAGUAUGCCAUAUACAUGGAAUCACAACCAUGGAUAUGUAUUUAAAUGGGUGCUCGUCAUCACAGGAGCAGUUGCUGCCACUGUUUUCAUCCUCGUCCUAUCUUAUGCGCGUCACAAAGGUCUAAUUGGGUCUUGAUGUCUUAAUACACUAGCAUUCCUCCCUCCAGGAAUUGAUUCUGCUUCCCAACUGCUACAUCGAGGAUAAGAUGUGGACGCUGAAAUACUACAUCAAGGUUAGAGAAAGCCCAGUUAGCCUAGGGCUGUCAGUGAGCUCGUCGCCGCCCCAAGCCAGUUCAAAAUCUGGGCUUAAACCAACCCAGACUAGACCGUUGACAGACCUAGCCUCACUGAAAAAUCAGACACCUUCAAAUUAUCUUCUUAGCCUAGUCUCUGUUUUUUUGAAAUGGUUUCUUGCUUUUUCCAGAUUAAAAAAUAAAAAAUAAAAAAUAAAAAUCAGAUUGGUGAUCAUCAGAUACAGCAGCCAUUACUAAAAAGGAUUGCAUGUACAUGUAGUGAUCAUAUGGUCGUUGGAGGGAUUGAUCUGAUUUCAGGUGAAAGUACUAAUACAUAAUGCAGAAUCAACAUCAGUGUCUUGUUCUUGUACUUUUAAUGUUGAUAAUCAAUUAUUAUUCCUGUUCUUUGUGACCCAUAUCAGAAAUUGAUCAGAGAGAGCGCUUGAUUUUCCCAACUUCUUGUAUUUAUAUAUGAUGCCGAAUUAUCGGUCCGGAUGCAUCGGGACAUGAUUUGUAACUUAAUGCAGCCAUCGGUUUGAAUGGACACAUGGUUUGGUGAUCCAGACAGUUGAUCUGAUGGGGAUGCCUCAGAUGUCUCCAAGGGAUCAAUGGCUUGGAAAUGGAUGGUUAAGAAAGAAAUAUAACAACCCAAUGAUUCUCCACCC